AUGUCGGCUGAAUCGGACCUACAGUCAUUUCGGAACGCUCUCGCGAAUGCGAAGAGCGUGGUCGUCCUCGCAGGAGCAGGUCUGUCAGCCGGCUCAGGUAUACCCACCUACCGUGGCCAGAAUGGACUGUGGAAAACCCAGGAUGAACAGAAAGUCGCCACACCGGAAGGAUUUAAAGAAAAUCCAAGCAAAGUAUGGCAGUGGUAUCAUUGGAGACGAGAUAUGUGUCUACAAGCUCAACCCAAUGCCGCUCAUCGCGCCAUCGCGGCUCUUGCAGUGCCUUCAGUCCGUGGUCGUCUGCUUCCCUCUCUAAAGUCAGAGAAACCUCCUCUCUUCGUUACACAAAAUUUCGAUGGUCUGUCUUUGCGGGCUCUUGAAGACCUAUCCGACACGCUUAGUCCAGCCGAAAUGAAUAUUGCUCGAGAGCGACUUAUAGAGAUGCACGGUUCGGCGUUCAAGACCAUCUGUCUACAGUGCAAGCACGUCAACUUUACCUAUGAUAGACCUCUCAGUCCGGCCCUUGCAAAUGUUACAAGGGAAAACGCGGGCGAACUUGAUAUUCCUGUUGACCAGCUGCCACGGUGCGGCGGGCCAAAUUGGAAGGGAUCAAACAGGUACGGUCGAUGCGGGGGACUACUCCGACCCGCCGUGGUAUGGUUUGGAGAAGUGCCAGACGGUCUGGGAGAGAUAGCGAGAGAGCUUAACUGGACAGAACUCUUGAUUGUAGUCGGCACUUCAUCGCUGGUGUAUCCGGCCGCAGGCUUUGCGAAGACAGUCAAAGACAGGGGUGGCAAAGUCGCCAUCUUCACUUUGGAACCCACUGAAAGCGAUAGAAAUGCGGAUUUCCUAUUCGUCGGACCUUGCGAAGAAACGCUUCCGAAUGCUCUCGGCAUU